UGUAAAAAUAUUUUUUAUGCUCUGUCCUUUAAUACACGCCACAAUGAACAAUGCAUCUAUGCUUCGACAGCACCAACAUUCUAUCUCCGCUUCCGCUAUGUCCACCUCACAGCAUGGAUCGAUUGCUCAGCAAACAAUAGCUUCGAAUGAUGGUCUUCCGUUGCAUAUUUCUCCACUUUACGGACCCAACUUUCCCCAACAAAAUCCAGUUGCAUCUACUUCUAUCCAACAAAAACAACAAACAUCUGCCAGUUUUGAUCCCCGAAAUUUGGAAAUAAAAACCCAUUCAGUUGAACAAACUUUACUACCUCUUGUUCAACAGAUCUCAACUUUGGUUAAUUUUAAAGAAACUAUUUUGACUGGAGGAAGACCAAAGUCAGAUAGAGCACUUCGAGCAGCUCUUAAAAUUGGAACAGCAGUAGAAGCGGCUGUUGAACGCUUUGUUGCUGUUGGAGAAACUAUUGCAGACGAAAACCCAGAUAUUCAACCAGAGCUUUAUGAUGCUUGUUCUUCUAUUGCCAAUUUGCAUGGUUCAAUGCUGGCAGAACCAAUGCACGAUUCCUCUAAUUUUCCCGUAGAAAAUGGGGGUACUGCAAUAUUCCCAAAUGUUAAUACAACACAAUUAGUUAGAGCUGCUAGGCAGUUACUUUCUUCUGUUACACGUGUUUUACUUUUGGCUGAUCGUGUACUUGUUAAACACAUUCUCCGAGCUGAAGAUAAAAUAGCUUAUUCUCUUACUAAAUUAGAGCAUACUUCUAAUUUUACUGAAUUUGUCCAAAUUUUUACUGAAUUUGGUGGUCAAAUGGUGGAUCUGGCACAUCGUUCUGGUGAUAGACAACAAGAUCUGAAAAGUGAAAAAAGGCAGGCACAAAUGCAAGUUGCUAGAGCACAAUUAGAAAGGCUUACAAUGCUUCUAUUGACAUCCGCUAAAACACUUUUGAGACAUCCUGAUGACCCUGCUGCUAGGCAAUGCCGAGAUGGUGUCUUUCACCAAAUCCGUUCUGCAUUACAAUUAAUAGCCAUAUGUGUAACUGAUGGUGUAAUGGCCUUUGAUGCAAUGUCUGCUUAUUCCUCUCCUUUAGAUGAAUUAUCACUUGCAACGGAUGGACCUUUGGAUAUUGGAAUACAAUUGACAGCUUCAGUUGCGAUUAGACAAUUGUGUGAAAUGUUGGAUAUGUGUCGAAUGAUGUCCUUAAUUGGAGCUGGCGUCCGAGAACGUUUAAUAUCUGCUUUAACCGCCCUUUGCGAAAUGAGCACAGACUUUACUGAUUCUUCGUGGACACCAAAUCAACAAAGAGAACAAAUUUUGGAUCUAUUAGAAAAGUGUAGAUUUGAAAUGGGAAAUUUAGUUAAUCCUCCAACAUCGGAAAUAGGAAAUGAUGAAAGAUUGAGAAAUGAAAGUAUUCAAGUAACUGUUGAAAGAUUGAACAGAAGAUUAAAAGAUUUACGUAAACAAUUACAACUAGUGGCAUUAGAACAGAUAGCUUCAGUAUUUCGUCAAAACGAAGAUCAGACCCUUUUAUCAUCAUUAAAAACUUGUUCAAUCUCUGGUGAUAUAGACGGUGUUGAACGUUUCCUGGAACAAUUUCGUAUACAUUCUGAACAUUUACAAGAAGUUUGUCGUCUUCUUCAUCAUAUUUCGAUUACAGAUGCACUCCAUGUUUUUACUGGACAUGCUGAGAGGAAUCUUCGAUCAUUGGCUCCUUUGACAUUAUUAUCUGGCCGAAUUUUAUGCGUUCAUCCCUCUUCAAGAAUUGCACGAGAAAAUUUGGAGGUCAACGAUUUGGCUCGUCUCACAAAGGAAAUAGAUGCGGCAUGUUCCGGUCGUUUAGCAGCUGAAAAACAGGCUUAUAUGUCACUUCCCAGGCCAGGAGUGAGUAAUUUUAUGUGGUGGUCUAAUAACUAUAAUACUCCUGGGAGUAGUCCAUUAUUAUCUUCUUCAACACGUUCAUCUACAACUGCUAAUUUUGCUUCUAAUAAUCUUUUUUGCAGUGGUUUUGUUAAUAAUUUAAAUAGUUGUGUUAGUGUUAGUGGUGGUGUUUGUCCUCAGUUUCAACAAAAUUCUGUUUUGCCUUUUAUGCCUCAACAAAACAAUUCUGAUAAUUCUGGUUUUAUUUCAAAUACAACAACUACUUCGGAAUUAUUUCAAACUUCUAGUGUUGAGAUAAAACCAUCUGAUACACCAAAACCAUCAGAAGAAAUUUAUGAAGAAAAAUCAGAACAAAAUAAAGAAACGAAUAGUUGGAUGUCAAAAAAGGAUGCGAAAGUGAAGAAGAAAAAAGAAAGAAAUUUGUCAUUGGAAUCUUCAAAGAAUCGGCAACUAGAUAAAGAACAUUUUUCACCUAAGAAUGUUAGUCAAGAUGGAAGUUUGGAAGAAUUAAAAAAGAAGAAUAAAAGUGGAAUUAAUUUAAUGAGUAUUUCUGCUAUUUUUAGGAGGAUUAAAGGAGGUAAUGAAGAGGAAACUAAAAAAGCUAAGGAUAAAAAGAAAAAGUUGGGUAUUGAAAAAGAGGUAAAAUCGGAUGGAGAAUAUUUAGAUGCUGGAAAAUAUGAGAAAAAUGAUAUUAAAAUUUUUAAUGACAACGAACGUGUUAAUGAAGAUAAUUUGAAAGAUAUUAAACCUUCUAAAGAAGAAAAUGAAGAUUUUUCAGAAUCAAGUCAAUCGCUUCAAACAGGAAUUGUAAAUAAAGAUGAUCAAAAUAAUCAAGAGAUUGAUGCUAUUGAGGAAGAUACUGCUGAUAAUAAAGAAACUAACAUUAGAUCGCAUUCACCCCUUUAUGCAGAGAUUGUGAAACGCCCAUCGCUUGAAACGCAGGAGAAUGGUGAUAAGGCAGAAAGUAAAGAUGUAGACGCAACAAAAUUAUGUCCAAAUUCAGCAUUUACGCCUUACGAUAAGUUUAUCAACCAACAUCAGGAACAACCGAAAACUUCAACAAUUUCUUCAAAAUCACCACAAAUAUUUGUUUAUACUUCCCCACCAAUUAGAAGACAAAAUUUGGAAAAUAAAAAAGAUUUAAAGAAAUCAAAAUCAGCAAAUGGAAUAGUAAAAUUUAAUCGUACUGGAAUUGGAUUUGAUGAACCUGUAAUUUUAAGACAAUGGGAAGAUUCUGAUACAACAACUACAGCGAGUACACAGUAUUCUUCCAAUACAAGUGGCUAUGUAACUGAAUAUUUACAUAAUUCUGAUCACCAGAAUCUAAUUCAAACAGAAGAAAACAACAUUUAUACUACCGUUAAUAAGAAAAAACCGAUAAUAGCUCCAUUAGCCAAGUGUGAUGAAGUAGAUGAUGAUGAUGAAGAAGAAGAUAUUGAAUAUGAAGAAGAAAAUGAUGUGACAAGUUUAGAAGAAAAUAAUCGGAACAAUAAUAAGAAUAAUUUUGUUGUUCGAAUGAGAGAGAAAAAAGCAGCAAAACUUGAUCCUUCAAAUAAACAUCAAAAUGGCAAUAAUAAAUUCGAGAAAAGAAUUAGCCAAAUUUUAGAAAGUCUGCAAGCUGAGGCAGAAAGUUUAAUUCAAUUACAGAAAAUACAAAAACAACAAGAAAAGCAAUAA